GCAAUCGCAUCACCUACUAGUCUCUUGUUGUUUACUAAGCAGAUAGAUAUAUAGAAAGAGAGAGAGACAUGAAGAGCACUCUCAAGAGCGAAUAGAAGAAUCAUGGAGCUACAGUUGUAGGUGUGAGGUUACAACUUCAAGGUCUCGUCAAUGGAGAUUUGUAACUCUUAUUCCUCAUCCUCUGUCGACAGUACUAAGCAUUCAGCUUCUGAAUCUUCUGUUAAUCUCUCCCUUAGCCUCACAUUUCCCUCUACUUCUCCACAAAGAGCGACAAAACAAGAUUGGCCCCCGAUAAAACCUCGUUUAAGAGAUACACUAAAGGUUCGUCGUCGUCUUCUUCAACGCGAUUACGACACAUGUCUGUUUGUUAAGGUUUAUAUGGAAGGUGUUCCCAUUGGGAGAAAGCUCGAUCUUUCCACAUUCUCAGGCUACGAGAGUCUAUUAGAAAGUCUGUCUCAAAUGUUCAAUACUUCAAUUAUCUGCGGUAAUCAUCGAGAUAGAAAACACCAUGUUUUGACAUAUCAAGACACAGAUGGAGAUUGGAUGAUGGUCGGAGAUAUUCCAUGGGAAAUGUUUCUUGAAACCGUGAGAAGACUGAAGAUCACGAAACCAGAGGGGUGUUAAGACUUGGAUCGUUGUUCGGUAGAAUUAGGCAUUGGUGAGAGUUUUCAUGCGGGACAGAGUUUUGGCUGCAUAUCAGCAACAAAGGCCUUAAAGAACUUGGAUGAUUGAUGCAUAUUUUUAUUUGACACCUUUGAGUGUUUUUUAUAUAAAUAAAUCACAAUGUCCAAAGAGUUCUUUUUUUUUUGUUGGUCUGAACAAUAAAAAUAAUAACAAUAAUGUCAAAUUACAUUUUCACAUGUUUGUAAUCGUGUUCCUUCGGAUGUGUACCAGUACAUGACAUGAAGAAAACACGAAUGUUGUUGGGGGGCACUCUUUGAGAUGUGCCGGCUCGUCAUUCUUGUUGAUUUCAAUUUACACCGAUUUGCAAUUUUAAUGACAACCUGUUUCAAGUCCAAUAUAUGCUGACAAGAAAGCCCGUGUAGAGCCCAAAUGUAACAUAACAUACAUAGUAAGGCUUGGAUAUGAGGACAUGUAAUAGAAGACAAUAUCUAUUCAAGUUCAUUCUGCUUUAUUUGUCCUGUUUGCUCUUUUACUUGUCAUAGAAUGAUUAAUCGAGCUAUAAGUUUAGCAUUUAUGCUUACAUUCCAAGACAAUUGUGUCAGAUUUUGAGUGAUCGAAUAUGAGGUUUUUACUAAGUU